ACCAGAGAACAAACUUCACUUUAAACCAGCUCCUGUCUGAACCUCCGCCACCAUGGACAAAUCCAUCUGCACAGUAUUGCUGCUAUUAUCCUUGCUAUCCAUUCACACUGUUUGUGAGGGUUUUGCACUGGCACCAAUUGAACUUGCUCCCAUCCCCUGUAAUGACAAGGCAGUGGAGAAGCUGUCUCGUCUGGCUGUCACUUACAUCAAUGAGGACCGCAACAACGGCUAUAAGUUCGCCCUCAACCGCAUUGCAAACGUCCACCUGCACGCUCAGGGCCCAGCGGGCAAUGUCUAUUACCUGGACCUGGAUGUCCUUGAGACCAAGUGUCACAUAGGCAGCCCAAAACCAUGGAAACGCUGUGACGUCAGACCAUUCAUGGAAACACAAAUCGCUGGAAACUGUAACACCACUAUUCUCCACACGCCAGAGGGAUACUCCUACCUGUACAGCUAUGAGUGCAUUCUUGUCCCAGACCCCCCAGAGAAGCUCCAGCAGACCUGUCCAACCUGCCCCCUCCUGCUGCCUGUAGACAGCCUGCAGGCCGUGGACGCUGCUCGGCUCACUCUGGCAUCCUAUAAGAGACAGUCCUCACUGGCUGCAGGGCUGGGUGUGAAGAGGAUCACCAGAGCUGCAGCCCAGGCUGUGCCAGUGAAAGCCAGCUUUGUGGAGUAUACGGUCCAAGAGUGCCCAGAGGGAGUGACAGCGAAAGGCACCUGCCAGCGACUGACAAUCGAAUCUGACACAGAGACUGCAGGUUUCUGUGCAGGAUCUGUGCUCGGAGAAGUCCAUCCUGAAGUUCAUGUGGCCUGCGAGAUGUUCAAAGUGCAGAAUGUGGACAUCCUCAGACCAGUGCAGCCUCAGGGUCACGACCUCCCUCAAGAAGCUGUGAUCCCGACCUUCCCUCCUAUGGUCGAUGACCCGGUAAACGAUCCGCAGCCUGUUCCCUUUGAUCCCACACUGCCCCCUGUUGUUGAACCAGCGCCAAUUGACCCAAUGCCCACUCAGCCUCUGCCCUUUGACCCCACUGUUGUGCUUAACCCCUCCAACCCCCUGAGCUCAUCUUCCAGUGAGUCCGCUGAAGGUCUAGGGAACCAGCAACAGUCACCACCCGCUGCUGCUCCUUUUGAUUCAUCCUCUGAGGAGAUUGGAGGUCCCGUUGCACUUCGCCCACCCUUCAACUUCCGCUACCAGAGGCCUGAUCGCAAGAGACGGCAAGCCUUAACGGAGACCUCACCUUCUCACAACCCCAUUUUCCUGUCUGAUUUCCCCAGUGGGCCAUCUCCCUUCCGCUCUUGUCCUGGUCCUUCUCGAUACACCACAGUUUAACUGGUGCUGCACAGGAGUCCACUUAUUAAUAUUUAAUUUGUCCAGCGAGGGGGUUGACCGAUAAACUGCUCUGCUCCCUGUCACUGGAGGUUUGUAAUGAUUUGUGUUAAUGAAAGAACUGCUUUCUCCUUUCACUGGCUCUGAAAUUAGCCCUAUGCUCAUUGUAAUGUUGCUCACAAAGCAGAAAAAGCUACAGCUAAAUGUAUUUGCAGAUGGCUUCAAAUAUUUGAUAAAUUUGAAUAAAUCUUUGAAUCCACUGUCAACUGCCUGAAGAACCAACAAACCUAAACCUAAAAGACUGAAUAGGUCAGUUUCCAGUCGCUCCCACGACAACAUGUCAGUGACGGUUGUACUGGAAUUUCAUUAUACACUUGCCAUUUGGUUAGGUUUAGGCACAGAGUUUAUUUGGUUAAGUUUAGGGAAACUCCAUGGUUUGGGUAAAAAGAACCCUGUUGCCUAGGUUACUUCAGUUACAAAUGCCAACAUUACUAAAGUGAGUGCAUUUAUGUUAUAUACGAGACAUCACUUCCCUAACUUUAUUAAGUUAGUAAGUUAAAAUGAUGGUGCUUUCCAUUUGACCUCAGAAGUUUUUUCGAAUUCCCAGUCGGAAAUUUCAUCAACGCAUCUCAUCAAUCUGAGGCAGAUGGAAGUCCCCAUAACUCACUGUGUACUUUGGCUUUCACUGGACACAAACAGCGGCCUCCUUAUUGAAAGUCCUGUGCAGUUACUGUGUCAGUAUGGGUUGUAUUAAGAUGCUUCACAGUCAACCUAUCUGAUUGUGUAUGUGUGUACUUUUUGCAAUAAACUCAACUUAGCAGCAA